AUGGCAGCAACGACGGCAUCAGCAGCAGCAGCUACUACUACUACUACUACUACAGGAAAGAGUAGUGUAACAUUAUCUCUUCAUCCUUUAGUUAUUAUGAAUGUAGCUGAACAUCAUACACGUGUUCGUGUUCAAACAGCCCAUGCAACACCUGUUUAUGGUGCAUUAUUAGGUAAAAUAAAAGGUCGUCAUGUUGAAUUAUGUAAUACAUUCGAAUUUAAACUCACUAAUGCUUCAACAACAACCACAACGAAUUCUACUGUUACAAUUGAUAUGGAUUUUUUAACAAAAAAACUUGAAUUAAUUAGACAAGUUCAUCCUGAUCUUGAUUUUACUGGUUGGUAUACAGUUGAAAGUAAAGAUUGGAAUUCACCUGUAAUGAGUUCAUUUUAUUCACAACUUUCUUCACUUAAUGAAAGUCCACUUCUUCUUCGUCUUGAUCCAGUUGGUGUAUCAAAUGAAUUACCCAUCCAUGUUUAUGAAACAAUUGUUGAUUUAGGAACUAAAAUUGAUUUUAUUGAAAUAUCUUAUACACUUAUAACAGAAGAAGCUGAACGUAUUGGUAUUGAUCAUGUUGCACGAUAUUCUGUUACUGAUGGUACAUCAGAUACAUCAAUUGUAUCCGAUCAAAUUGCUAUACAAUAUAAUGCUAUUCGUUUACUUUAUCAACGUAUGCUUGUUUUACUUGAAUAUGUACGAGCAGUUAAACAAGGUCAAUUAGAAAGAAAUGAUGAUCUUUUACGUGAAAUUGGUUCUUUAUGUCAACGUUUACCAAUUAUUAAUACAGAUGAUAAUAAUAAUCAAAUGUUUCGUGAAGAUUUUGAUAUUCAACAAUCGGAUGUUGCACUAUUAGCUUUAUUAGCAUGUUGUACACAAGAAAUCAGUACAUUGAAUGACUAUUUAAACAAAUUCCAAGUUAUACAUGAUAAACAACAACAUUCAUCUGGACCCGGUGGUAGUUUCGGAUAUAGUAGUGGUGGUCGCCGAAUGGCUCGUGGUGGUGCUUAUUUUCCUGCUUCGUUUGUCUGA